CCUCCUCGAAAAGCCUCCGCCACACCAGAUAGCCACACACGCACAGAGAGAGGAGAGAGGAGGGAAGAGGGAGGAGGGAGAAGGGAAUCGGACGGCUGUAAUCUCUCGCAGGUUGAAACAGAUGGAGACGAUGGGUUACCGGAAAUCGAGCAGCAGCACGUGGGUCUUCUCUCUCAAGGCCAUGGUGGCCUCGGUCGUGGUACUAUCGGCGGCCCUGAUGCUCCACCUCCGGGGAGCAUCGAUCCUAGGGUUCCUGGUCUCCGAAAUCCCCCGGAUGUACGGCUUCCUGCUCUCCUGGCUCACCCCGCCCUACCUCUACUUCGUCAUCAACGGCAUCAUCCUCUCCAUCGCCGCCUCCUCCCGCUUCCAGAAACCUGCACCGGAUGGCCAGGAUCCGGCGCGAUCCGCGCCGUCGAUGGCGAAUCCAACCUUGACCCAGUUGCCGGAGUACAUGCCUCCGGCGGAGGAGUACGCGGCGAAGAUCGCAGAGGACGUGCAGCCGGAGCCGGAGUUCGUCGCGCCAGCGGAGUACGAAGGAGAGGAGGUGGUUGGUUUGGAAGUGGCAGCGGCGGCGGAGGAGGCGGAGGGUGAGGAAGAGUUUGUGAUAUCGAGGUCGAGCUGGUCACCGCAGCGGAGGGAGUCGAGGGAGACGGCGACGGCAACGGACUAUUUAGCCGUGACGGAGAAACCGCUGGUUUCCGUCAGGUUCGGUCGCCGGAAGAACGUGAAGCCCAGCCCCGAAGGGAAGGCGCUGCGGGUGGCGAGGGCGAAGCGGGGCGAGACGCUGGAGAGCACGUGGAGGACAAUCACAGAUGGCCGGCCCGUCCCGCUGGCCCGCCACCUCAAGAAGUCGGACACGUGGGAAACCCACGGCCGCUCCCUCCGCGACGAGCAGUCCCCGGCCCCGCUGAUGCGCAAGUCCGAGACCUUCAACGACUCCUCUCCGUCGCCGUCGUCGUCGUCGUCGUCGAGAGGGCGACUGAGGAAGGAGCCGUCGCUGGGGCAGGACGAUCUCAACCGACGGGUGGAAGCGUUCAUAAAGAAGUUCAACGAGGAGAUGAGGCUCCAGCGGCAGGAGUCGUUCAACCACUACUUGGAAAUGAUCAACCGCGGCAGCCAUUAAAGCAAUGAGGUGGAGGAGGGCAAACCGUUGAGUUGUUGUUAAUAACUUGAAAAUAAGUAGAAAAAAUGAUAAAGUAGAAGAGAGGUUUGUUUACCUUCUUUUUUUUUGGGGAUUGAGGGGGAAGAACUGAAGUACAGAAGAAGGUGUGUGAUGUGUGAUGCUUGUUUUAUUUUUAUCAUUUUUGAUGUAUUAGAUUUAUAUUUUCUAAAUUUUGGUUUUCAAUAUAUAAAUAUAUAUAGUGCUCUUA